AUGUGGAAACGCGCAACAAGUGAAGUAACUGGUACAAAUGAAAUUCCUCUGGGGACCAGGAGGAGGUUCGGUCCAGCACCUACUGAAGAAACAGCGCCGCCUCAGCUCGCUCAACCAUCGCCUUCUGCUUUUCCCCGUCAGCAGCCGCAAAACCACCAGGAAAGUCCCAGGAGAGAUAGGGAGGAUACUCCUGGAUCCACGGAUGGAAAGACUGAUUCCGGUCCUCGUAAACGUCGUAGCCGCUGGGGUGAUGCAAAGACAGAGAUCCCAGGAUUGCCCACAGCCAUCGCUGCUAAUGGUGUCUCUCAAGCUCAGCUCGACAACUAUGCCAUUCAUCUCAGGCUGGAGGAGAUCAACCGUAAAUUACGGCUCAACGACUUCAUUCCGCCUGAGAAAGAACGGUCUCCUUCCCCGCCCCCAACAUAUGAUGCUCAUGGACGUAGGACUAACACUCGUGAAGUGCGUUACCGUAAGAAGCUCGAAGAGGAGCGCGUGAGACUUGUCGAACGCGCCAUGAAAAACGAUCCCAAUUUCCGUCCGCCUGUCGAAUAUCAUCAGCAAAAGAGGUCGCAGCGCCCUUCCGAGAAGGUCUAUAUUCCCGUGAAAGAGUUCCCUGAAAUUAACUUCUUCGGGCUGCUCGUCGGUCCUCGUGGCAACAGCUUGAAGAAGAUGGAGAGAGAAAGCGGGGCGAAAAUCAGUAUCAGGGGAAAGGGCAGUGUCAAAGAGGGCAAAGCACGGCCGGAACAGUACGCAGAAGAUGCUGAAGAGGACCUCCACUGUCUUGUUACUGCUGACACCCCCGAGAAGGUGGCCGCGUGCGUUAAAGCAAUUAACAAAGUCAUUGAAACUGCGGCAUCUACCCCUGAGGGGCAAAAUGAUCACAAGCGGAAUCAGCUGCGUGAGCUUGCGGCUCUGAACGGUACCCUCCGAGAUGAUGAAAACCAGGUCUGCCAGAACUGCGGUAACGUUGGCCACCGGAAGUACGACUGUCCGGAGCAGAGAAAUUUCACUGCGAACAUCAUCUGCCGUGUCUGUGGAAGCGCUGGGCAUAUGGCACGAGACUGUGUUGCUAACAAAGAUCCUAACGCUAUGCUAGGGGCAGGCGGACCGCCGCCAGGACCGUCCCCGCCCAUGGGGAGAGGUGGAUUUGAUUCGGAGUACGCCAGCCUCAUGGCGGAGUUGGGAGAAACUGGGAAUCGCGGUAACGGUGGUGGAGGGAGCGGCCCGUGGAUGGCGUCCGCUGGUCAUGAUAUCACUGCUGGUGGCUCUAAUAUCCCUCCUUGGCGUCGUCCAGAAGCUUGGAUCAACAGCGUUCCCACAAAUCCUCCUCAGCAGGCUGGAUACCCUGCGCCUCAAGGUGGUUACGGAGGUUAUGCGGGGGCAGCGGGAGGCUACGGCGCCGGCUGGGGCACUCAAGGUUAUUCACAAGGAGGGGCUUACCCGCAACAGACUCAAGAUUACUCUGCGAAUUACGCCCAAUACUACCAGAACCAAUACGCGCAGCAGCAAACUAUGACUCCGACGCAUUAA